AAUUGUGAUUAUACCUGCUCGUAUCGGAUUUGAAAAAUGUGUCAGUGAUUAUAAAUCGGAAUUAAGUAUGACUGUGAAGAUUGUGAUUCUCCACAUGCAUACCAAUACCAAUGCAUUGAAGAGCGAUUUUCUCGAUUAAUUAACAACUCUGGUCUGGUAGUGUAUGAUUCUUCCAACAGCGAUAUAAAGCACUGCGUCAAUUUUCCAUACUGCAGCCUGUUGUUCGGUAAAUAAAAUGAAUUGAGUUUGUGAUCUGUAAGAACUAGAAAUGAGCUGUAAUCAUCAUACUUUGAAGUCAUUAAGUAAAAGCGGGAUUCCCGCUGGAGAAAUCAAGCAUACAAGUUACUUAUCCGAACAUAUCGGCGCGUUGUACCUGAAUAACAACUAUAGCGAUUUGGUAUUGAAAGUUGAUAAUGAGAAGUUUUUUGCUCACAAAGUAAUACUCGCUGCUCGAAGUGAAUAUUUCAGAGCAUUAUUGUAUGGAGGAAUGCGAGAAUCAACGCAAAAUGAGAUCGUUAUCACUGAAAGUAGCGUUGAAGCGUUUAAAGUUUUGCUCAAAUACAUUUAUACUGGACUAAUAUCGCUAAAUAAUCUGAAAGAAGAUUUCAUCUUGGAAGUAUUAGGACUUGCUCAUCAGUAUGGUUUCACAGAUUUAGAAAAUGCUAUCUCAGAUUACCUGAAGCAAGCUUUAACAAUUCAAAAUUGUUGCUUGAUUUAUGAUUCGGCCAGGCUGUAUAAUUUGAAAUUUCUAAUGCAAGUUUCGGCUUCGUUUAUCGAUAAGCGUGUAUCCAAAGUGAUCGAAGAAGAUUCAUUUCUUCAACUUUCGAUGGAUUCUCUAAAACAUCUAAUUAGCAGAGAUGCAUUUUUCGCCCCUGAAGUUGAAAUAUUCAAAGCAGUUUAUCGUUGGAUUCAAGCAAAUAGUGAUAUUACUCCAGAAAAUCAAACUGAGAUAUUGAGCGCCAUCCGUUUACCGUUGAUUAAUAUAAAGGAUUUAAUGUCCGUUGUUAGACCUACCGGAUUAAUAUCACCUGAUACCAUUUUAGAUGCCAUUGAAAUGCAAACAUCGCAACUUUCGAAUGCAAAAGUCAAAUAUAGAGGUCUUCUGCAAAUGGAUCAAAAUAUGGCGUCAUCAAAACAGGGUUCCGUUGUACUUCAGGGACAAUUUACGUCAGCUCUUUUAGAUGGAAAUGUUUCUAAUUACGAUAUGGAUAGAGGAUAUACGCGUCAUGCAAUAGGAGAAACUUCUGGUGAUCCUGGAAUCCUGGUACAGUUGGGCACUCAGUGUAUCGUGAAUCACAUCAAAAUUUUGCUUUGGGAUAAUGAUCUGAGAUCGUACUCAUAUUACGUUGAAGUUUCCAUGGAUCAAAAGGAUUGGACCAGAAUAAUCGAUCAUACGCAGUAUUUUUGUCGAUCAUGGCAGUUUUUGUAUUUCCCAGCUACGGUUGUUAAAUAUGUCAGAAUUGUUGGAACUAAUAAUACGGUGAACAAAAUUUUUCACGUUGUUCAUUUCGAAAUUAUGUACACUAGCAAAGCGUUACCUCUUGAAAAAGGAUUGGUCGUUCCUAAACACAAUGUUGCAACUUGUGCUCUUGGUGCUAGCGUCAUAGAAGGAGUGAGUAGAACGAGAAAUUCACUUUUAGAUGGGAACGUCCAAUCAUACGACUGGGAUUCAGGAUAUACGUGCCAUCAGUUGGGUAGUGGAUGUAUAUUAAUUCAAUUAGGUCAACCGUACUUAAUUGAUUCUAUGAGAUUACUCUUGUGGGAUUGCGACGAUCGAUUAUACAGUUAUUUUAUCGAAGUUUCUGUUAAUAUGUGGGAUUGGGAGCUAUUGAUAGACAAAACUAACGAGAAAUGUACCUCUUGGCAAACGUUACACUUUGAAAGAAGACCUAUUGUUUUCAUUCGUAUCACUGGCACACAAAACACUGCUAAUGAGGUUUUCCAUAUGGUGCAUUUCGAAUGUCCAGCUCAGAUUGAAGAAGGGCCACCCAAAGAUUUCGCUAAAAAAGCAGAAACAUCCGUUAGUGACGAAGAGGUAGCACCAGAAAGUAUUGUUGAAAGUACGGAAUUGGAAACGUUAGUUGAAAAUAAUGCCAAUUCUGAACUUAAAGCGUGAUAUUUAUUGUUUAUUUAAGGUAUGUUUAAAUUUUUUUCCUGGCGAAAAAAAGUUCAAACCACUAACUUCUGAUACUGUUCUUGAGUUUUUCAAAUCUAAAGCAUUGUUUUCGUUUCCUUGUAUUGUUUCAAAAUGAACAUGAGCUUUUUGCUUUAGUGAAAUUUACUUAUUAUUUUUCAUUUUGUGUAUACUAUACUAUUAAUUAUUCUUGCAUUAAUUUGUUUUUUUUUUACCUUAUACUUUAAUACAACUACUUUUUCGUUUAUCUUCGUUUUUUUUUGUCAAUUUGAUACAAUGAUACAAAGGGGUGCUUUAGAGUCGCACUCGAGUUGAGUCUUAUGUAAGCGUUGACCCAAAUGACCACCGAAUUUCUCAACAAAAAAAAAAAAAAAAAAAUGCAAUCACCGUAAGGCGUUACUACUAUGAAAGUGCCCUACUAUGAAAAUACCGAACUACUAAUUUCAUUUGGCGCUUGGCCUGGCUUUCAUUUAAAAUCAAGGUACUCCUGAAAAGAUCAAAAAGAAAAAUAGAAAAAUCAAAACAACACUUUCGCGGCAUAAUAAUCUAAAAUCGACGUCUCGUGAAAUUAAUUUUAAACACUUCUUUAAAUUAAGUACAUUUCUUGAUUUCAAAAAUGAGUGGUAACUCAUCAGAAGAUACAUUCUUCGGAAAUCGCAAUUCUUCUUUACUUUCUUUGAGUGACGACAGCGAACCGGAUAAAAUUCAGAUAUUACACGGUAUCGUUCAAGAAGCAUUGCAAAACCUUUUCAACGUCAAAGGAGAAGAAGCUCAUUAUAACGAAUAUAAAGAUAUCAACCUUAUCAGAAAGAACCCAGAGUUCAGUAGACGUCUUUAUGCAAGACUUACCGAAAAAGUGUCCAAAAAAAUUGAUGCUUGUUUAGAAAAGCAGAACGAAGCUAAUGAUCUUCAUAAAAGCUUCUCUGAAUUGAAGGAGUUAUCUAAGAAGAGUAGUUCUGAUGACGUUGCGUGGCGUCCCCCGCGCAAUGUUGAUGAUAACAUCAGAUCAGUCGUAAUGGAACAAAAAAUUAGAUACAGGAAUGCAUUGGAAUCCAUAGUUUCUCAGAAAGAAAACAAAGUUGCUGAACUAAAAAAUAAAGUGCUGAAUACAAGAAAUCGAAAAGAAGCAAUGGAUAGCCGGUUACAAGUUCUAAAUGAUAAUCUGUACAAUAUGGUAACUACUCUGAAUGAGAAUGUAGAUGGUUUAAUAGACUGAUACGAUGCUAUUGAAUUAUACUUCAAUUUUGUAUAUAGGUACUGCAUGUUUUAUAAGCUGUUGUAAGAUUUUGUAUUGAAUUAAAUUAUUUUUUAAUAGUCA